GUACACACACAAUCAAGAAUAUAAACUGUUGUUGGCAUCAUAUGGGACAUCCUGCAGCAGUGAAAGAAUUUCCCUUAGGAAGCUGUCUAUUUGUUUCAUUAAUCACGAAAGACAGAUUUGCUUCCUACACCAGAGAUGUUGCUACAGCGUCCUUUGUUAUGGAGAUGGAGAACAUCUGGGCUUUGCAAGAAGUGCCCAGAAUCCCAAACGUGGAGGAAGGAAACAGAGUGAUCAGCUUGAGAGCACAGGAGAAAGUGGAAAGAGUACUUUCAUCAAACAAAUGAGAAUUAUUCAUGGAUCAGGUUACACAGAAGAAGACAGGAAAGGCUUCACAAAACUUGUUUACCAAAAUAUAUUUACUGCCAUGCAAGCUAUGAUCAGAGCCAUGGAUACUCUCAAAAUACAGUACACAUUGGAAGAGAAUGAGGAUAAUGCUCAGAUGAUCAGAGAAGUAGAAGUGGAUAAAGUGACAGUGCUGGAAAGAAAACAAGUUGAAGCAAUCAAGAAGCUCUGGGAAGACUCAGGAAUUCAAGAGUGCUAUGACAGACGGAGGGAAUACCAGCUAUCAGAUUCUGCUAAGUAUUAUCUUACUGAUAUUGAUCGUAUUGCUAUGCCCUCAUUUGUGCCAACUCAGCAAGAUGUUCUUAGAGUCCGAGUGCCAACAACAGGAAUUAUUGAGUAUCCUUUUGAUUUAGAAAAUAUUAUAUUUAGGAUGGUGGACGUAGGUGGCCAAAGGUCUGAAAGAAGGAAGUGGAUUCAUUGCUUUGAAAGUGUUACUUCUAUCAUUUUCUUAGUUGCAUUAAGUGAAUAUGAUCAAGUCUUGGCAGAAUGUGACAAUGAGAAUCGAAUGGAAGAAAGCAAAGCCUUAUUUAAAACUAUCAUUACAUACCCCUGGUUUCUGAAUUCUUCAGUUAUUUUGUUUUUAAACAAAAAAGAUCUUCUAGAAGAGAAAAUCAUGUAUUCCCAUCUAAUUAGUUACUUUCCAGAAUACACAGGACCUAAACAAGAUGUCAAAGCUGCCAGAGACUUCAUUUUGAAGCUGUAUCAGGAUCAGAAUCCAGACAAGGAGAAAGUAAUCUAUUCCCACUUCACUUGUGCCACAGACACAGAGAACAUUCGCUUUGUCUUUGCUGCUGUCAAGGACACGAUCCUGCAAUUAAACCUGAGGGAGUUCAACCUCGUUUAAAAGGAAAAACAUUGUUUGCAUCCACAAAGUGUGAUUUGCUUAUAGCAUAGCCUGCAUUGAUACAAAGAAAAUCAGUGUAUUUUUAAAUACUAUUUACAGAAAUGUAAGGGGGCGGGGGGAAUACAUUUACUGAAGAAGUACUGCUUAAUCAAAGAGUUUCAAAGUUUACUUUUUUAAGCUCUACAUUUAAAAUACUAUUUUCGUAUUUCCCAUGCUAGCUUUGGCUGUGAGUUAUUUUUUUUCACAGCUAUGGAAUUAAGUAUAUUUAAAAGAAUAUGCGUAAGUACAUUGCUGUCCAGCUUAGUUUUUUUUUUUCUACUUAUCAUUUACAAUCAUAGCUUAUAAAAUUUUAGCAAAUGAUGCCUUACAAAUGACAAGUUGGUGUUAUUUUAGGGUGCUAAAUACUUUUAAAUUCUUGUUCUGAGCAAUGUAGUUGAAACACUUGAGUAAACAUGUUACACUUUUUAGAAGCAUCUUGCUGUAGAGUUGAUAUGCCAAAACCACUAAUGUUUUUAGAAACAUUAUAGAAAAUUAAUUAUUAGCGACCCCUGCAUUUUUUUUCCCUUUUUGUUCAAGUGCCUAACAAUAAUAAAAUAUCUUCCCCAGUUAACAGAAUAACGGAUUAAGAUCUUUGCAAUGUAAUUCAUUCUUAAGGGGAAAAGCUUAUCUAAAACAGCAAGGUGUUCAGUAAACUUUCUUAGUGUUCACUGCCACAGGAAGUACUAGCAGGUCAUCCCCAAAGCCUAAAAACCUCCAUUAAAGAUGCCAGCACUUCAGUCAGUUCUUGCUCACUGUGUCAAAAAUUUUUAAACCAGCAGCCUUGAAAACCUUUUUUACACAUGCAAGACUCAAUGGCAGUCACUGGCACUUGUUCAGCUAACCCAGCAACACUAGUAGUAGAGAUUGUUGUAGCAGAACAGUCUUUUUUCACACUCACGCAGCCCAAAAGAUGUGGUAAGAUUCUCCUGCAUAUAAAUACAUUAAAAUUUUUUCUCCAAGCAGAAUUAUAAUAGUAAUGGUUUUUAAUAUCAGCAUCAAAUAAUUUCUGAACAGCACAGAAUAAUUCAAGUUAUACUGAUUGUCAGUGUGAGCAAUGCCUCUGUGUACCAUCAGCCAGGUAGAUAGCUCUCACAGCUCAAUCCUGUGAAAGGUACACCUGGCCUUUCACUGUCCAUGAAAAAUGUUUAAUGAUUCACAAUUAAACAGCUCAGUUCCCUUUUCUACAGCAGUACAGAAAAAUCCAAGUAUGACCACAGCUCUUUUUUGGGUCUUAAGAAGAAAAAAUGCUCAACCUAUAACAUCUGACUCACUCACUUGUUAAGCUUGUGCUUUUUAAUGUUCGAACAAACUCUUCUAGUAGAAGACUGUUCACACAUUCCUUUACAGUUUUUCUGUGAAAGGAAAACACUAACCUAUGCCCAUGCUCUACUUUUUUUGCUGAUUUGACUAAAGGGCCAUAAUGAACACUGAUGCAACAGUACAGUAGUGUGCUAUGCCCUGGAAUAAGGUACAGUAACACCUGUUGACCUAGGAAAAACCAAGGAGGAGUAACAGGAAUCUCGGAAUAAAAUAGCAAAUCUGUGCAUGUAUCAUCCAUGCCCAUCAGUCAUCCUUACUUUCACUGAGAAAUGGUGCCAUCAUUCAAGUCAUCCUCAUCACAUCCUCAGCUGUGCAGUGCAAAAGUAAACACUGUGGCUCAAAAAAAAAAAAAAAAACCAGAAGCAUUUCUUGCCAUGAAAUCUUUACAUUACUUCAGAACUUUCCAGUUAAAUAGAAAACAAGACAAAAAAAACCUUUUUUUUUCUAGGAUAGCCUAUUUCAUGGAGUAAACAACACAUGAUAUGCUAAAACCCUUGAACUGCCUGAUCCAGUUUGGAGCCCGCCCCCUAAGGAUUUUUGGGAAAACAUCUAAAUGCUUCACUGUUUCAUAUCCAAGUCAAGAUUUGUUGUACAUCUGAAGAGCACAUUGUUAACAUAAAUUCUGAGUCUGGCUUUGCUGGAGUACAGGCAAGCUUUCCAAAAGGUGAGACUGCCACCAUUUUACAGGCCCUGUCAAUAUGACAAGCAUGAUUUCUUUCAUACUUCACAAGGAACAGUCAAAAAUCAAUGGAGAGGGCAAUUACCGAAAACACUUCUGUACAUUAUUCUCAAUUUGCCUGAUACAACAGGAAAGCAAAACUCACAAAGGAAAAAAUCUAAGUGAGAACCAGCAAAAACAGAAUUCAGUUUUCUCCUUUCUCGCAUUCCAAAGUCCUAUUACAUCAUACCUAUUCCAGCAGUCAGGUUUCCGUUUCAGCCUCUGAUGUGUUUUUUUAGGAGCUAGUUAGUUAAUAAAUUAAGGGUGUGGACAUUUUUUACUCCUUGGAGGAGGCUUUAAAACCAUUUACUCUUCCCUUCAAUAGUAUUAUAAGAAUAUUUACAAUUCUUCUUCCAGAUUUGCUGUAAAAACAACUUUCAAAACCUCUUCAUAAAAAUCUUGGGUCUGCUAUAAGUAGAAUUUCAGAUAGUUAGGUUCCUCUUACAGCCACAAAAGCAAAAAUUGUGAUAAAGAUCAUGGCUGCAUUUCUAGGUCAAAUAGCAAAGUUCAAGCUCCUAGGUGAUGUAUAUGUGUACUUACGUGCUUAUCCUGACCAACAAUUCCUAAUUAAUCCACCAGUAAGAGUAUUAGUAGUCGAAUCUUGAGAGUGUAAUAGAGUUUUAAGCAGGAAAAAGGUGUCAGUUAUCUACUAAUAUGUUCAAUUUUGGACAGAAAAGCAUAUGGCAUUCAAAAAUGUCAUAACCAAAACAUGACAAUUAGCUUUUUAAGAUAAGAUGACGAUUAAUGCAAAUAUGUUUUCUGUAAGAAAGCAUAAAUAUUCUUUGUAAAAUUUUACUUAAUGAGACAGUCAUACAAAUGAAAAACUAAAUAUUGAUAAAGUCAGAAACAGACUUUGCACCCUAUCUGAGACAUUCUCAAACACACAAUUCCUAUCAGCAGUAUUUUUCACCUACAGUUCCCCAGUUUCACCUACAGUUUGAUAACUCUCUUUUUCUGAAAUGUAUGAUCUUGAGUCCUUGCAGGGCAAGGGAGAAAAAGAUGAGAUGAGACAAGAGAAGGACGUACUUUCUAGAGCAUUGAAUUAGAUUUCCAUAAUCUGCAUGUUAUAGAGGGAAAGACAGCUCCUUCACCCAGUCAGUUCACAUUAACACAUUUAAACUAAACACAGAACCCACAACUCCUCCUCAAUAGAAGUUGCAGUUAACAGGAGACAGCAUAAUCUUAGAGCCCUCAAGUACUCAAUUUACCAAACAGCAGGAAGUCUGCAUUACUUCUCUUUUUACCUCACUCGAUGUUAAAAAGCACAAAUUGACAUUAUAAUCAGAAGACUCUUAAUUUAUGCAAUACAAUCUUUUACCCACUUGAAUUCAACCAAGUCCACCUUCCAUGCAAGUUUUGUGCAGGGACUUCCUAUUACGACCGAUUCUUGUAGUUUUCUGCAAACAGAAAAAAUCCCUCUAACAACAUGCAGAUAAACUGAAUAUAGGAAAAAGAAGAAAAAAUACUUACUCCGGAAUGGACUGUUAGGGACUUCAGCUACGUAUAGCCUUUGCUCCUGGGAGAGAAACAUUUUUUUGGUAUUGGAUGCAUCUUUAAUUCGUGCUAUAUAUGCACUAAGGGUUUGUCAGUUGACAAGGUGAAGGGAUCACCUGGCAGAAUUUCACCUAAUGCUGGAAAAAAUUCCUGUGGAAGCGCAUGAUGUGCUGAAGAAACACUGCAACCUCUUGCCUUGAACUACUCGGAAUCACAUAAGUACUGUCGUUUUUAAGUAGCUUUUUCUGGAAUUCAAAUACGGAAGGAUCACAAAGGAAUAAAAAAAAGCUUCUAAAUUGUUUGGUGGAAUAUUCUACUUAUUUUUGAAGUUAAUACAGUGCCAGGAAAUAUAUAAAACUCAAAUAAGUUAUAUCUGUUAACAUCAUAUGGCAUUGGAUGGAGAUAUUUACAAACAAGCCACAAGAUUUAGCAAUCCUAUGAAGAUAGGUGACUGACUUACUGAAAUCAUUUUACAUUUUAGAAUUAUUUCUUAAGCAACUUGUAGAUUGUAGUUCAAAUUCAAGAACUAUGCUCUUAAGUAUUAAAUUUUAACUGCCAAUACAUAGUAAUACUAAUCUUGUAUUGACUAGUGUGUGGCAUUUAAUUUGUUAUUUGCAGAUAAAUGGUCAAAAAUAACUUGAACAAAAGACCUUACAGAUUUUUUGAGAAGGAAAUGUAUUUUGUAAAGUAUCAAGGAUAAUAAAUAGCUAAUGUCAUAUUUACAGAACUUUCAGGAAAAAAAGGAUUUCAAAAGAAUCUGGUGACCUGGCAACAUCAUCUAUGAUUUUCAAUGCUUUAAGAGAAAAGAAAGUGUUACAUUAAAACAAGAUUAUAUGCUAGCCUGAAUUUGUGAGUCCACUUCCUAUAAGGACAAUUUAACUUGUCUUUAUAAUUAACCAAAAGUAAAGACUAAAGUUUGAAUUCUGUUCUCACUGAGCUUGCUACAGCAGAAGGUGGACCUGGUGUUUUCAGAGACAGGAUUUGGCUUAAUUUGUCAAUUUCUGCCUGAAAAUUCUGAGUAACGGUAACACCGAUUAACAGUAGGAUUAAGUAAAACAUUCAAUUAAUGCCAUUUAUAAAGAAUCAAAUUAUAAUUAUGUCCAAUCAAAUAAAAUUCAGUUUCACUUUACUGAAGGUGGGGAAAAGGCCUGGGAAAAAAUGAAAAGCCAUGCAAAGCCAUGCAGGUGAGCAAAAAGAGAUGCAAACAGCUUGACUUAUAAAUGUUUUAGUAAUGAUUCUGACAUAUUUUACAGUACUUUUCACUAGCUAGUUAUCUGCACCCAGCAGAACUAUUAGUCAUCAUCUUUUUGGUUUUUCUUUGCUCUCAUAGAGCUAACUCUAACCAGUGAGAAAUAACAACCACUACAGAAGCCAAAUGACUUUUCUGAAAAUAAGUAAAUCUAGAAAACAGUCAUCUAGAAAAGAAAAUAUUCUUCAAUAAAGGCCACAGUAUAUUUUUAAACGCUACAGUAUACAGACCUAAGUGCUUGCAUUUUAAUUUUUAUUAAGAUUCCGUUGUUUAGUUGCAUAUAAAUUAUUAAUAAAAAUUAGAGAGUUCUACUUUCUUGUUGAAAAAUGUAUAUAUUCAAAUACGGAAGGAGGCAGAGCAGAGCAGAUAUCUCAAACAAUUUGCAGUAAUACAGUAAACUCCACGACGGCAUGACUGAAUACCUUUCACCUCUCCCCAAGCUGGUUAUAACCAGGCAAGUUCAAUAUUGCCAGGGAAAGCCUGUAUUUUUUUAAUUCGAUCUAUGUUAAGGGAAGUAAAUACAGUGUGCAAUGAACCAAAGAAUAGAAAGAGCAGAGGUUGUCUACUGAGAAUAACAAAAUUCAUUCAUGAUUGCAUGGAGAGAGCGUAAGGGGAGAAAAAAGGAAACAGAUGAAAUUUACUGAGUAGAAAAAGGACCUCGAGAAAAACAUGUCGUGAUUACAAGCUGCAACAAGGGGUGUGGUGGGAAAGUCCUCCACUAAUUUUUUAAUAUUCUGGAUCCUGAUGGAACCAAGAUACUUUCAGGUGCUUUUAGUUCUCAUGUUAAGGCUUUUAGUUAGCACACAUCAAAAUAGUUUAUUCUUUGUAGUAAAAUAGCAAAACUGGGGGAAUUGUUAAUUUUUCCACAGCAGGAGCUUAGCCACAGCCAUGCACUGCCAUUUACAACUGCUCCUUCAUAAUUAACGGUUAACAUUGGUCAAUCAUUACUGAAGAGCACUUGACAAGAUUUGAGAAUCAGGAGUUUGUUGGCAAAGUAAAUACGAGAAAGAUAUUAACUGGAGAUGAUAAGCUCAUCAAAACCGAGGCUCUGCAAAGAGAACAAGUAUAAAAUAGGGUAAAAUUGAAAAGUUACCCAAAUGGAAACAUACAAAAUACUUGCAAGAGGAAGCAGAAGUGGAAGUUGCAGCAGCUGAACAGUAAAUACUGGGGAUAGGAGAGAGGAGGACACAACUAACACCGUAUUCAGGAAUCAAGAUGAUGAUGAAGCUGUAGGUGCAACAGCUAUCAUGCCCAAGAUGAAAAGUGAUAGAUUAAAAACAAAUUAGAGAUGCAGAGUGGUACUCAGCACAGCUAAGGACACUACUUAUCUAAGGCAAAGUUUUCUAUUAUUCUGGCAUGAUUCUAACCUGAGUUACAUUCUUGGUACAUGUUUCUUGUACAAACCAGGGGAGGAACACUGUCUUUGCCACAGUUUGGAACUCACUUAUCUUUUGAUUCAAAUUACAUCAAAAUAUCAAAGAGUAAAAUUUAUGGGAAAAUUAAAAUAUUAUAUGUAUUUUGUAACCAACUAAAUGGUUACUCAACAGCAAAGACAAGACAAGCAAAUGAAAGAACUACAGUUGUAGGUUAGCAUGCCAGUCAUUUUAGAUUUCAUAAUAAUGCGACAGCUUGCCCCUCUCAAGCACCACCAGCAAUUUCAGAAAAAUUAAAAGCCAUAGGUAUAAACAUUCCAAACUAUGGCUUGGAAAGAAUAUUUUGGCAGCAGAUACUACUAUGUGCACCAGAUAUUUUGCAAACUUUGAUAUGGGAAUUUAUUCAAAACUUAAUAUAACACUCUACUGUUUCCCUUAUUUUGUAUAUCAAUUCACCAGUACUGUAAUUACUGAAUCUAAGAAACAAGCAGUAUCCCCCAGCUUCAGGCACUCCCUACUGAAGUUCUGCUUUGUGGAGAUGAAACCUAAAAAGUUUUACUGGGUAAGUAAUGCUGAUAAAAACAACUGUGAAAUAUUGUAUUUAUUAUUAAUAUAAAUUUGACUCUAUUAAACAUUUUAGUUUGCUUAGCAUGCGAUACUAUGUAAUACAAGGGAUAUUUUUUUGGUAUGCAACAGUGUCCUUAAACCCUAGGACUUCCUCACUGAGUUGGCAAGUCUGUUGAUAACUUUUAUUUAGAGUAGUAGGGUUUCAUUCACAUUCCUGGUAUAGAGAUGUAUUAAUUUACAUAUUAUAUGCUUUUGUAAACUAACGGAUUUCUUUGAAUAUUUCCUUGAGUUGAAUAUAAAAAACCUUACACUAAAAAUGAUACUGUGUUGUAAAUUCAUCAUAACACACUGUAUUCAUUUACAAAAAGAAAAAAAGACAUUUGUUAACCAAGCAGCCCCCCUUGCCAUUUAGACAUUUAAAUUAGACUUUUCUGAUCAGCAGCAUUCUUCUUAAAAUUGGAGUUGUAAGACCAGUACCAGUUAAAUUCACAUUUCUCCAGAUGAAGAAAUCUGAAUUUCAACACAGCAUGAUGCCUCAAAUCAUAAAAAAACUGAAGACAGAAACUAAAUACUGAUUUUCAAUUUCUUUUCGGAUUUAGAUCAAUUUAUGCUCUGUAUAAUAUCGUAAGAAUUAUUCCAGAGUGCAAUUUCAGUAUCAAAUGUAAAGAAUUGGAGGUAAAACAUACUCAUUUUAUACUGUAUUUUGAAAAAAUGAAACCUGGCACUCGUAAGUAAAAAAAAAUCCAACAUGCCAAAAGUUGGCA